GAUGCUGAAUUGAUUUUCAUUGCAAUUUAAACUAAAAUUUCCACUUCUCAUUUUUACUAUUUUGGCGAAAAAAAAAACGGUGCCCCAUGUUUUUCACUUACACCCCGUGUUUUCCACUUACACCCCCUGUUUUGCUCUUAAUUGUUGUCCACCAGUACCUCGUGUUUUCCAACAGAACCCGUGUUUUCCACUUAGACCACGUGUUUUCCACCAUACCCCGUGUUUUCCACCAGACCCCUUGUUUUGCACCAGACCCCGUGUUUUCCACCGGAUCCCAUGUUUUUCACUUAGACCCCGUGUUUUCCACCAGACCCCGCGUUUUUCAACUCCUCCGGGAUCCCGUACCCCAGGCACGAAACGAUAGUUUUGAUUGUUCGUGCUUGGACGGUUGUUAAGUCAUUAUUGAACCCAGGAAUUUGUUAUGUCCGAGAAAUAGAAAGAACACACUCGAACGGUCUGUAAUUAUAAAGUAGUAUGGCGCAAGAAGUUUCCCUCGCAAAUCAAGACACAAAAACCAGUCAGGUGACACCAUCGAAAACUUUCUGGAACUAGUACAGACGGGAACAAAGGAGGAGGUAGACAAUUUCUUGUUGCCUUAAACUAGAACGGCUGAAAACGGGAGGGAUUCUCAGAACUAGCCUUCAAAGCAACUUGAAGACGCUCUCGCACAAAGCGAUGUUGUUGAAGUUUGGAAACUCAUAGCCAAGAUCAACGAGACCGAUAGCAACAAGACACUUGAAACUAUAAAUGAGGUCUGCACAACCAUCGCAGAGAGGGAGAACAACAAAGAAAAUGGAUGUCAUUUCAAGUGCAGUUGGGAUUGCAAGAAAAUCUGCCAAACAAUAAAGAAUUCAAUAUGCCAUUUGCCACAUGCCAUAUACCAUAUGCUUAAGUGCAAUGUAGACGAGCUUGAAGAGACGAAGACAGAAAUGCGAAGCCAAGAAGAACGGAGAUGGAUCGAAAUUCUCAGCAAUCCACUGUACAUCGGUCUAGAAUGGCUUUGGAGGAAUAAUCCCAAUUUCCAAUGCAAUAAAGGAGAAAGACGCAAAGAAAGCACGUCUACAGACAUCAUUGAAGCUGCCUUGGAUGACGCAUAUCUUCUGGAGAAAAUCGCCUCGUAUAAGCACUAUUACAGCCGAGAUGAAUACAAGCGUCGAGCUGAGGAAUAUGAGACGUUCGCUGCAGAUAUCGUCGAACAAGUAGACACUUCAGAUUUAAACCAGCUUCACGAAAUCAUGGACAUCGAAGGAAAUAGUUCUUUACUGAACAAAACGCCCGCUGAUUUUAAUCAGAGUCUUAGUCUCCUCAAGCAGCAGCCGGCCGCUGAUAAAAAACGGAAAAGGUUCGUGGCGAUCCCCAAUUGCCAAUAUGUUCUCAACGAGAUCGUUUAUCGUGGAUGGCGAAAUUGGCAAGAUCGAGGCAUAGUCAGGAAGGCCUUAUGGUUUCUCAUUCAGUUUCUCUUCGUCGCAGGUACUUGCAUCUUUUACAUUCCUGUUCGACUGGUACGACUAAGCAGCUGCAGUAAAUUUAAACAUGUCUGCUGCUGGAAGUUUAGGAAGUUAUACGAACUCCAAGUUCAUCAACCACACUAUGUCUUAUGUGCUAUUCCUUUGCCUGGUGUUCACCUCAUCGUUUCAGAAGGAGUUUGGAACAACUAAAACAGGCCUGGCUUGGAUUGACUGGCUGGUGCUUGCCUUUGUUGGUGGUCUAUUCCUGCAGGACGCCUUGGAGGCCAGCAGACAAGGAUUCUUCAAUUACAUUUCCAAAUGGUGGAAUGUCGUAGACACCUUGAUUGUCUUUUUGUUUCUUGUGGCUUACACAGUGUGGCUGAGUGCAUGGGGGUAUUACGGAGAGUGGAAGCCCAGAAAAUCUGCAUUUAUCGUGGCGGAUACCAUCUACGCCAGCGCCACGGUGAUGGCCUUUUUCCACUUAGGUCACGUUUUCCAAGUCAAUUCAGUGUUGGGUCCUUUGCAGCUAUCACCUUACAAAAUGCUGAAAGCUGUUCUCAAGUUUCUCCCCAUCUUUCUACUCCUCUACAUUGCAUUUGCUUCUGGGGUGGCCAAGAUAUACUCGUACUAUGUUGCUUCGCAGAUCAAACUACGAGAACUGGACGACAGUCAGGGCUACAAGGCGUCUCAUCCCUAUGGCAAGCAAGUUGACACUUUCAUUGGAAUGUUUUGGUUGUUACUUGGCCUCGUGGAAGAAGACAAAAUCUCAGUGGAAGAUCCCGCCUUUUCACUCACGUCCACAUUUGGUCGCAUUUUUAUGACAGCCCACUUGGUGUGCACCGUCAUCGUAGCUUUAAACAUGCUGAUCGCUAUGAUGAAUAACUCAUUUGACAGAGUCAUGGAAAUCGCUCUCGUGGAGUGGAAAUUCUCAAGAACCCGUAUGUGGCUGGAAUGGACCGACAAAGGCAACACAGUCCCCGUGUCUUUCAACAAGCAAGGCAACUCACAGCGUGAGGGAGAAAAUCACGAGGGACAAAACUGGAUAUCGCAGCAUUUUCCCUGCUGCUGCUCCUGCUGUAGAAGCUGUACAUGUAGUUGUGCGUGUGGAUGCACUUGCUGCUCGAGGGGGAAAACGUCCAUGAGAAAGGAACGAAUGGAAGUAAUGACAACACUGGUCGUGAAAUAUCUGAAAGACCAUUACUCUGCUAGAUGGAAAGAACUCACAGCAAAAGCAACAGAACAUCGAAAGACCGGCGAAAACCCCUAAAAUUUCACAUCAACGAGAACGUAGUAUUAAAGAUCGCCCCCUUUAAACAGCACUAGUAGAUGCAUAUAUGGGUGUCUUUUAUUUGCCGGUUUCUGUCUUCCAAGUAAAACCUGGCCAGAAAAGAAGCUGCAACAUUUGCAAAGGCAUCCUCUUAUCAUUAUUUUUUGUUAAUAUAAGUAUUUUGGUCGGUUUAUUGUGGUUUGUUUUGGUUUCUGUUAUUCUUUUGUUGAUUUGUUUAUUGCCAUAUAUUUUUUCCUGAAGAAAAAUCAGACCUAAGUAAUACAAAGUAAGUUUAUUAAACCUCUCUACCAAAUUUUAUGAACGAAACUCUAGGAAAUCUAGGAGGAAGUAUGUGUUGUUGCCCAGCAACCAUGACUUCAUAGGCGUAUAGGACUUCCCUAAUGGAGCCAAAGCAUGCGUGAACUUUUGAACUCAAUCCCUGAAAGAAACCUAACAAGCUUAUUAUCCCAGUAGGAAGUUUUAAGUACCACGAUCACGAUUGAAAAGAUCCGUGAAGAGUUCAGAACAUUUCUAUAAACCUUUUGAGUACCAGCCUGAGAUUGCGGCCGAGUAGACCAGAAUCAGGAACAAUCUUUACCUUCAGUCAAAACCAGUUACAAAUAUAUCCAUUUUUAGUUAUAGUUUGGCGUUCUUGCUGAAACAAAGCGUUAAAAUAAACUUGACGGUCGAUUUUUAAUAUAGAGGAUUUAUAGUGUCGUUCACAAUUAUUAACUAGCCGACUGGUCGCAAUGAGUGUAUACAGACAAGUUUUUUUUCUCUACAAAUUAACCUAGUAAAGCUCAAUCUUCUAAACGAGAGGUUAAUGGGGUGCCAAUAGGUAAUAUAUCAAACACAAGAGCCCGUGUUUCAUCAUAUUUCCUGACACCAAGAAGAGACGCGCAUGGGAGUAUAUUUUUACGGACUUCGAGGCGUAUGUAAAUUAGACACUGUCUUGAGUGUUGAACGAAGAAACAAGAUCGUAAACAACCAUACUAAUUGGGAGUCUUGACGGGAUUUUACUGAGAGCAGAGGUCUGAGAAAAAGAGUAUGUAACAAGUAUACCAUGAUGGCUAAGCGAAUGAAAACUCUUAAAUUACACUAUCCAAUGAUCCAGUUUUAUAAUAAUUAUUGAUAACCGUGACUGAGAAACCAGCUGAAACUCUUACUGAUAAAUUACCAUUUAUUAACUAUUUAGAUAAGCUGUCAUUGUAAUAUUAUAUGCAUAUUAUAAGUAUUGUCAUGUAAAGCGCAUUAGAUCAUAUGCCCAUGUAUUCUGCGCUAUAUGAAUAAUAAAGAUAUGUUAUGUUAUAGCUUA